CGUGAUGAUAAGUUCGUGACAGAUCUCGCCGAGGCGCAUCUGAUUGACCGCGAAAGUGAGAGGCGCGAAAGGUCGGCGAAUUUUACGAGAUUUUCGGGCCUGUGGGAUUUUUAGCGACGGUGUAUUUCAUCGUUGCGUUGUCGUUGUUCAGCUUCCCGCGGGAUGUGUCAUACCUACGCAACGACAACGUAGCAACAAUGACACUGUCGUUAGAAGUUGCAGGGUAGAUUUUGGUUGGUUAAAGGAGCUGUUACCUCCACGAGAAAUGAGGCCUGCGCUACAUGGAGGGCGUUUUUCCGUUCAAGUAUAUUGCCGAGAAAUUACGCUUUCACCAGAAAAUUGAUGGAAAUGAUGCCGACCGAGUGCAUCGCCAACCCGUUACAACGGGAGCUGGCCGACUCGAUAAUACGGCUGCAACCGCUCGACGAGAUCCGCAUACUCCUCGCAUGCGGCGCCAAGCCGAACGAGCCGGUCACCCAGGGUCUCAGGCCCCUGCACUACGCCGUGUGGCAGCGUUACACCGAGGCGGCGCAGCUUCUCCUGGUGCGCGGCGCCGACAUCGACGCCACCGACGAAUGCGGUUACUCGGCCCUGCAUCUCGCCGCCGAACACGGCUACCUGGACCUGGUGAAACUGUUGCUCAAGUAUGGCGCCAAGGUGGACCACCGUCAGGACACGAGCGAGCUGUUCCCCAGAACCAUGCUGUGCGACGAGCCGUUGCGUUUAGCCCUGCGUAACCGUCACGUCGAGGUCGCGAGAACGCUGCUCGAGGCUGGUGCCAAUCCGAACAAGAGAUACUUCUUCGGCUCCGAGAUCAAUCUGGUGUCGCCUCUCGAUUUGGAGUGCAUGGAACUGCUGUUGGCCUUCGGCGCCCAGCCGAACACGAGGGAUCGCGCCGGCUUAACUCCUCUUAUGAAGGCCGCCCGAUUGCCACAGGGUAUAGCGUCGGUGCUUCUGCUGUUGAAUUACGGCGCCGAUGUGAACUCGUUGGCGGACGCCAGGCACGAUUACCGCACGGUGUUGCACUAUGCCAUCCUCGGCGGCGACCCGGCGGUGAUCAAUCUGCUGCUGAAACAGGGCGCCAGGCUGAACCCGGGACCGGACUACCAGAAGCCGACGGCCCUGGACUUGGCCAUACUCAAGGGUGACCCGUCGAUCGUCGAGAUGCUGCUCGAAGCGGGUGCGGACGUGAACGCCACUUCGCCCAUCAUCGGCUCGCCCCUGCACGUGGCCUGCGCGGACAACAUCCCGAACCGGCUGGAGAUCCUGUGCAUGCUGCUGGAGCGCGGCGCCGAUCCGAAUCUGGUGAUACGGAGCGACGACGGACCGGCGUUGCGCCCGGUCCUCGCCGAGUACGUCGCCUCGAACGAGAACCCGUCGGUGGAGGUGGUGGCGUUGCUGCUCAAGUAUGGCGCCCGGGUGGUGAUCAAGACGCAGUUCCGCGAUCCCCACGGCAUCCUCAAUUCCCUGCAGAACAUGGCGGACAAGCCGCGGCUGCUGCGGGCGCUGCUGGAAGCGGCCGAGAGUUUCGACCCCUGCAUGAUCCGGCGUUCCAGCAGCCUGACGGACGCGCAGAAGGCCCUGGUGAUGGAGGCGGCCAGGACCCCGUUGCCGUUGACCCAUCAGGCGAGACUGAUCGUCCGCAGGCUCUGCGGCACAAAGUUGCCGAAGAUCGUGCGGAAGCUCCAGCUGCCGCAGUCGUUGCACCGCUAUCUUCUCUACGACUUCUAUUAGCGGAUUCGCAAAUCGGCGAGCGGAUCGGCAGGUGUGUGUGUGUGUGUGUGUGUGUGUACGAGGAGAGAAUUUUACAGUAGAAGUUACUAUAGCGGGAGAAAGAAAAAAAAGUAGAAAUUACCGUGACUUUUAUAGUAGAAACUACACUAAUUGAUAUUCCAUAUAGCAUAAGAUGUCCCAAAAUCAGCCAAAAUAUGUUCAGGAUGCCCUGAGAAGUGUCUUGGGACGUCCUGAGCACAUCCAGGACGAUUCCAGGACAUUUUGUACCGUUCGGAAUAUAGAACAAAAAUAUUCGAAAUAUCAGAUAUCGUGAAAUUUACGAAAUUAAAUUGAAGAACGCGUAUAUUGAUGAAACGGUGUCGAUUGAAAGAGUGUUUCGGCAAAAUAUUAGGUUGGUAAGAAAGUUAUGUCGUUUUUUUUUAGGAAAUUUCAAUUUCUUAUAUUUAAGCUCAUAAGUGAGAUUAAUUAAUGAAAUAUUGACCACUGAUUUCUAUGACCUUCCUUCAUCUGUCAACAAGGUCAUUUAUGCCGGAUGUAUAAAAGAUCCUAUCCUUUGAAGUCAGGAAAUCUACCACUGCUCUCUGAACAUUCUGAAAAUUUCGAAAUUUUUUUCUUUUAAGAAAAUUUUGCAUCGAGAGGAACAAGUGGUAGUCAGAUGGUGCCAGGUCAGGUGAGUAUGGAGGAUGUGAUAAAACUUCAUAACCAAGAGUCUGGAGCUCCUCCUUCGUCCUUAAAGCCACGCAAGGCCUGGCAGUGUCAUGUUGGAAGACAACACCUUUUCCGUUAUACAAUGCUGGACGAAGUUCACGUAUUUUUGUAUCCAGUCGGGUUAGCUGAUCACAAUAUAGGUCUGCUGUGGCAGUUUGAUCUGGUUGCAACAGUUCCCAGUGGAUAGGACAUCGAUAAUCCCACCAAAUGCAAGCAUUAGCUUCUUUUGAUGCAAAUUGACCUUCGCAAGGAUAGGAGGCGAACUGCCUGGCUUCUUGGUUCUUUUCCUCACCUUGGUUCUUUUCCUCACUACAUUGUCAUACACAAUCCACUUUUCGUCACCAGUAAUCAGGUGAUCCAAGAAUGGUUCAUAUUGUUGUCGAGUAAGCAAAGAAGAAGCAAUAGAAAUUUAAUCUGCCAUAUUUUUUCGCUUAAUUCACGGGGAAUCCAACGACACCAUUUGUAGACAAAGUCAAGCUUGUUCAAGUGGUUUUCAAUGUUCAUAAAAUUCAUUGUUAUGUGGCUAACGCUUAACUUAUUCCCGAUCUCCCUCGUAGUCAAUAGUGGUUUA